ACUCCAAUAUAAAAUUUGCCAAUACCCAAAAAAAAAAAAAACCACAACAGUACAAAUAUAUAUUCCAACUUUUAAGUUAGAAGAAAAAUGGCAGGAUUACCGAGGCUUGUGACGUUGAUGUCAAGCUCACGUUUCUUCCAGUAUGAAACAGGAACAGGGGAAUUACACGCGACCCUGAGAAACACAUCUGAUACAGUAAUUAGUGAGAACAACUUCACCUUGUUUGAAGUGGUGAGUACAAGGGCUCGUGACAUGGUGCACAUCAAAUCUUGCUACAACAACAGGUACUUGCGGCUCAACCCAACCGGUGUCUAUAUUUACGCCUCUGCAGACGAGCUCCAGGAAGACCGUUCUGAACGGUCAUGCACUUUGUUCAGGGUUGUCAUCUCCGGCAACAACGUGCGCUUCUUCCACCAGUCCGAUAAUGUUGACCGCGCUGUGAUAAUUUAUCAAGGUGGUGUCCUUGGAGUCCGGCAGGGUAACCAAGCAUUUAGCUUGUUAUUUAGAGACAUGACCACCUUUGUAAACUUGCCGAAGCACGUAAUGUUCAAAGGGAAUGAUGGGAAUUAUUUAAGAGCACGUAAAAAUAGAAAUCUGGUGUUCGUUGCCAACGAUCCAACGGAUCCGAGAGUGCACCACAUUGCAACGCUUUCACCUCUUAGUGGUAAUUUCAGCCUACUGUCCACCAGAUUCAAUCUGUACUGGGAGAGGAUCAACGGUGAUUGGCUCCAAUGCAACUCGAGCAGACCAUUCGCCGCGAACACGGUCUUCCGCCCAGUGAGGCAGGGUUUUGGUAUCCAAAACAGCACCAUAGCUCUGUUGAAUACGAAUAACAACAGUUACUGUGAGAGAUGGACCAGUGGGGGGAAUGCUGGUCGUAUUCGAGCUUCCUCCUCGACUGUCCCACCUAAUGCGGUGCUCACAGUAGAGGAAACAGUCCGGGAUCGUAAAAUCUCUGACAUCAGGUAUCAUAUAGAGGAUGCACGCAUCUACAAUAUGGUUCCUCUACAGGCCGUAAACCAAACUGUGUUUAACUAUGGAUAUCAUGAUGAGAGACAAGAGGUGAAAUUCGCCUACACAGAGGUGAUAGAAGAGAAGUUCACCUCGUCACAUUCGUGGAAAUUGUCGGUCAAGGCUACCAUCAGGGUUAGAUUGAUCCCAGUGAUACUUCAGGGAAAACUGACUACAACUGCAAGCUACGGAGGUAGUGUUGAAUGGUCCAAAAUGAAAAGAGUUGAGAGAACAGUAACCGGCUCCACAACCGCUACAGUACCAGCAAGGAGUUCUACAAGGGUGACCUUGAUUGUUGGACAAGGUUCCAUGGACGUCCCUUACUCUUAUAGACAAAGUGACAUCCUUAUGGAUGGAACCUUUGAGGAAAAGACUCUGCACGAUGGCCUUUUCUCGGGUCUCAGCACCUUUGAAUUUCAAUAUACUAUCGAGGAACCUCAAAGCCUUCCUCGUAAUGCUAUGCCGCCAAUAGGCCAUGAUGACAUUGUCAUCGUGCCAGGUGAAACCAUAGACCUCCCUAGAAUGGCCAUCUCGCGUGAAGUCGAUCAAGUAAAAGUGGAAGGAAAAGAAGAUGAACUAGUUUCAAUGGAAGAAGAUUGUGGAGGAGAAGGAAACGAGGAACCAGUUCCCCUACCAGUGCCUUCCAAGCUUUAGUUACUUGCAUGCACUAGGUCUUCUAUUUUACGUAUUGUGUUUUAUUUUAAGGAUGAAUAAUAAUUAUGUGUGUUUUCUAACACACAUAUUGUGUUUGUAUUAUGGCUGUACUUUGCUUGUAUUAUUGGUUUUCUCCUUUAUAAUAAUGUGUGCCAUCUUCACCUUAUUUAGCUUAUCAUAUUAUAUGGACAGUUUUCA